CACCUACUCAUCAGUAACUCCCUGCAUUAAUGAUUUCCGCCUGAUCUACGCCUUGCAAUUUUCCUCUUGUUCUACCUAGUUAGUAGUCGCAAGCAGUCAUUGACUUAUAAAAAGUUGGGUUCCGUUUACUUAGAUAUGAGGCUAUGCGUUCCCUGGCCAUAGUUGCUGAGCUGUUGAAGUCCAGGAGGCCGCAGGGAUUUGGUUCUCAAACUGCAAGGGCGUUUCACAGGCAUUUUCGCCAAACAAACUUACAAAGCAUCCUAAGGAAUGGAUAUCAACCUCGCCUACAAGAUUAUGAGGUAUCGUGCGCCGGGUGUAGGUCCUACAUCAUCGGCCAACGCCUCCGAACCAUCGUCGCCAGCCCUUGCGCCUGCCGGAACGACAAACAGCGCCGAACCUGCCCAUGAAAACUGUCGCCCACAGCAGCGGUCGCCUUCGCCACCGCGCCAGCGCAACAGUCAGCCUCCAGUGUCCACGGUCCCUCAGCAGCAGCAACAACAACAGCAGCAGCAGCAGGUGCCGCCUCACGGCGCGCAAUCUCAGAUACUGCAGCGAGCACAAGGCCGUGCCAACCGCGCCUACAGCGCUGUUGCCCUGGCGGGAGAUGAUGGCCAUUUCGCGGGGCUGCUGGACCUGGGCGGCAGUAAUGCGCUAGAUCCCCCCAACAGCCCCACGCUGCACAUCGUUCCUCGGCCGCUGGUCCCCUCCGCACGUGGCGUUACCAUCGGGCCCUUUGCGGAGGCCCUCGCUGCCGCCGCCGCACGUCCCGUACGGCGCCGCAUGGACGGCGGCAUGCGCACCUGGCCUACCGGCCGCGGCUCGCCUCAGCCCAACACCUCCCCUUCCGCCGCCCUGCUGCUACUGGGCUGCUCCAGCACGUCCCCGCACACACCCGGCGGGGGCAUCGUCAGCAGCAACAGCACCACCAGCAUCGGCAGUCCGCCCCUGGCGCGCCGUACAACCUACCACUCGCAGGCGCUGCUGCCCACCAUGCCAGCCACUCAGAAGCGCAGGCCAGCCGCUGCGGGUUGCAGUCCACAGCACGGCAGUGCGGGGGGUGCAAUGGUUGGCGGCGCCAGCUCCAGCCCGCCACACUACAUGGCAACGGGCUCGUACCCGACUUACGGAGGCAGCUACGGAGGCGUGACGACACCUACCGCCGCCUCGCCUUCCAGAACGGCUACGUCUCUAGGUGAGCAGCAGCAGCAGCCGCAACAGCAGCAACACCAUACGUCUGGAACCGGAGGUGCAGCAGCAGCAGCAGCAGCGGCAUCUGUGGGACCGAGUUCCGGCUUCUACCUUGCAGGGGCGUCGCCUGGGAGACGCUUUUCCGGCGUAGCCGCGGUGCCUGAGCCCCCAGGGACAGCUGCGGCGGCGGCGGCGGCGGCAGCAGGGUCCGCCGCAGCGUACGGCGGAGGCAGGGGCCGCUCUUCGAGUGCCGGGGAGCGGCUGGCGCGCAUGCGGGCGAUGGAGGCGCAGGCGGCGGCGCAGGAGGCGCAUGAACGAGCCGAGGGCGACCGCCAACGGACCGUGAGGGUGAAUGUGGGCGGUAUGGACGCGCGAGCCUGGGUGAGCGUUGGCGGCGCCGCCGGGAGUAGUAACAGCAGUAACAUCGGCAGCUGUGGUGCCAAUCGACGUGCGAGUCGGACAGGACCGCCAUCCCCGCAGCAGCGGCCUUGUGAAGGCGAAUGGGGCGGUCCCCCGAAAAGCCCGGGCGCAGAGACGGCAUCAGCAACAGCAACAACACCAGCAGCAGCAACCAGCCACAAGCAGCAGCCCGCCGGAUCAAACACGUCCGCCGCCGGCGGUCGUGAAUCCGCCCCCAUGCUUCCCUCCCUGCCCAUGCAUUCACCACUGCAGGGCGACGGACUCAUCACGGUCGCCCUUCGCAGUCCGCAUUGUUCCGCUCACCACUCCCAUCCCCGCUACCUGGGUGGUGGCACGGACGCCGCUCCCUAUCAACACUCAGGACCCGGGCCGGGGCCGGGGCCAGGAGCAGGGCAUGGUGCCGCUGGCGGCGGCGAGGUCGAGGUCGGUAGGGUGGCAACUGCGGGGGCGGGUAACGGCGGUGGCGCGGUUUCGGAGGCGGACUCCGAGGCAACUGAGCUGGCGGAGUUGGAGCAGUGGGCUGCCAGCACGCUGCUGGAUCCGGCGGUGGUGGAGGCGACGAUGGAGCAACGGCGGACGUUGAAGCGGAUAGCGUACCUGCGCAGCCGGAUGCUGGCCAGGGGAGGCACGGCGGCUGCCGCGCCGGCUUCCAACACCGCUGGAAACGGCCCCGGCAGCAGCGGCCUGCAGAGCCUUCCCUCCUGGGCCACGGAGCUGCAGUCGGGGCGCGGCGGCAGCGAGGCGGCGCUUGCCUCCAUGGCGAGCCAGGUGUCGCGGCUGCCGCAUAUCGACUACGACCAGAUGCGCGACCCGCAGUACCGCAUGAUGCUCAAGGCGCGCAGCAUGCGGGGAAGAGAGGUUUCCCUGUCCUCGGGUGAUACGUUGAGAGACAUAUUCAUACAAGACCGGCACAAGGGAUGGAAGCCACCCCACGUGUAGCCCUCUGCCCCCCUGCUGCCACCGCAUAUGGUGUUGUACUGCUCCCUGCCUGUCGCCGCCUUGGGGGAGGUAUGUGCGCCAGUAUGUUGAAGCACAGAGCCGUGCGUAACGUUACUGGCCGUAGAUGUUUUUCCGAGGAGAGAUGUGCUGCCAUGGGCGGGCUGCGUGGCGUUGUACUUAACCGUGGCAUCUGUUCGGAAAACGCGGCUCUGAUGUGGCAUGUAGGGGCUUCAUUAUCGCAAGUCAUAUGUCAUCCUGCCUUGCGCUUCCGUGUUUAGCCCACUGCUCGUGCGGUUAGGGGCCGAAUUCACUGUAUCGUCUGCUGCUGCUGCUGGUUGCAUGGACAGAAGCUUUGGAACAUUUUGCUUGCAUAGCUAGCUAGAUAGCAUAGCUCCUUUUCAUUGCGUGCGCCGAGACCAAGACAUUAAUGUUGUGUGAUGUAUAGUUUAUGGCGCGCAUAGCACACACGGCUAAACGCUGCCCAUCCCUAUUUGUGUCGCGGAUUGCUGCUGCGUAGAAAGCCCUUAUCCAGCUCUGCUAUUGGUAGUGUUCUGACACAUAUUCACUUGUGGGGAAAACUAACAAACUAACACUUACGAACGCCGCCGGAAUGGUGCGCACGCAGUGCCUAACCGCAGCCCUAUCGCAGCGCAUUACGGCCGUAUUCAUGGAUGGUUGUGUGCAGGGUUUCGGUGGGGCAUGUGACGGAGGGCCCCCCUCCUCACCUGCACUGCCGUAUCCACCAUUCCGUCCCCCGCACGUGCAUUUGCUGCUGCUGUUUAUGAUUCAGUUGCAUUGCCAACUUUUAAUUCUGCUAUAUCACGGAUUUGCAUUAUGAACGGUUAUCCUAGCAUCGCUUCUAGGGGUGAGGUCUCAACAGGUGUCGUGUUGUGUUGUGUUGCUGGCUGGCUGUGCCAGUUGUAAGGGCUGUUUGUUGUCGGGUUUGUUAUUUUGGCGAAUAUGACGAAGGAAGGUAACGACUAACGGGUAUUUGAAGGAGUGUAUCGGCAGCUGGAGCGCUGCCUAGUCUGGCGGUUCCAGCGGAUGAAAUAUGACGGGUUGGAGCAAGGAGAGUUUAACCCCUGCGGAUUGAUCUUGUUACGCCAUCCGCCGUGAUCUCAAUCGCUGUCUUGGCUGCAGCGACCCAUGGGUCAGGCAAAGCAC